GCGAGCCGCUGCGAUCCUGCCCUUUAAGCGGGGGGUGGCGGUGCGGGCGGGCUUCUGCGUCGGCGGAGGCGGCCGCCGCCCGCCCUUUAAGGCCGGAGCCCGGCGAGCCCGCGCCGCUGUCAGCCGCUGUUGCUCGGCAGCGGCCGGUGCCUGAGGGGGCGCCGCCGCCGCCGCCGCCUCCCCCCCCCCCCCCUCCCCCCCCCUCCCCCCUCCCUGCCCCGUGCCGGCCGACGGUGCGGCUUCGCUCCGCUCCAGCGGCAGGCCCGGCCCGGCGGGCGGGGGAGCGCCUCCCGCCGCCGCGCUCCGCCCGGCCCGGCCCGCCGGCGGCCGCGGGGAUGUGCGAUUGCCAUGGCGAGGCGGCUCUUCGCAGGCGCCUGGCUGCGGAAGCCCCACUACUCCCAGGCACGUUUCUCAUAUAUGCGGAUGAAGUAUCUCUUUAUCUCUUGGUUAGUAGUUUUUAUUGGCAGCUGGAUUAUGUAUGUUCAGUAUUCCACCUACACAGAGCUAUGCAGAGGACAUGACUGUAGGAAAAUAAUAUGUGAUAAAUACAAGACUGGAGUUAUUGAUGGCUCAGCAUGUAGCAGUCUGUGUGCAAAAGAAACGUUGUAUUUUGGAAAAUGUUUGUCAACAAAGCCCAAUAACCAGAUGUAUUUAGGAAUUUGGGGAAAUCUGCAAGGUGUUAUAAAAUGCCAGAUGGAAGAAGCUAGUCGACUUGAUUUUGGUGCUGAUCCAGAACCAAGAAAGGAAAUAGUCCUAUUUGAUAAACCAACUAGAGGAACCACUGUUCAGAAAUUCAAAGAAAUGGUAUAUGGUCUCUUUAAAGCAAAACUGGGUGAACAAGGAAAUCUUUCAGAAUUGGUUAAUCUCAUCCUAUCUUUUGCUGAUGGAAACAAAGAUGGUAGAGUUUCUUUGCCAGAGGCGAAGUCUGCAUGGGCGCUUCUGCAGCUAGACGAGUUUCUAUUGAUGGUCAUCUUGCAGGAUAAAGAACACACUCCGAAACUGAUGGGUUUCUGUGGGGAUCUCUACGUGAUGGAAAGAGUUGAAUAUACCUCUCUCUAUGGAAUUAGCCUUCCAUGGAUCAUAGAACUUUUCAUCCCCUCUGGCUUCAGAAGAAGCAUGGACCAGUGGUUUACUCCAUCAUGGCCAAGAAAGGCAAAAAUUGCUAUAGGGCUUUUAGAAUUUGUGGAAGAUAUUUUCCAUGGACCUUAUGGGAAUUUUCUUAUGUGCGAUACAAGUGCCAAAAAUUUGGGAUAUAAUGACAAAUAUGAUUUGAAAAUGAUGGAUAUGAGAAAAAUUGUGCCAGAAAUGAAUUUGAAAGAAAUGAUUAAAGAUCGUCAGUGUGACUCGGACUUGGACUGCGUUUAUGGUACAGACUGUAGAACUCUAUGUGACCAAAGUAAAAUGAGAUGUACCACAGAAGUCAUUCAGCCAAAUUUGGCAAAAGUCUGUCAGUUACUCAAAGACUAUCUGCUUCGUGGUGCUCCUUCAGAUAUCCACGAAGGACUAGAAAAACAACUGUAUUUGUGUAUUGCCCUUAAAGUUACAGCAAAUCAGAUGGAAAUGGAGCAUUCUUUAAUACUCAAUAACUUAAAAACUUUACUGUGGAAGAAAAUUUCCCAUACAAAUGAUUCUUAGCUUCUCUACCCCCAGGAGGUAAUAUUGAUGCCGCUAGAGCGGCCUACCACAUUUGAUAACAAGUAUCUGCAGCAUUUUUUAAAGAUGUUUCUUUACUCAGAUUUCACUAAUGCCUCUCUGUCUUCAGUCAGUGCCCUAUCACAGGGCUUCUCAAAGAAUGAACAUGCCACUGAAGGAUGUGGCAGAGGCCAAAAGCACCUUCUGGUGUUCCAAUGCUGUAUUAUGGACAUAAAAACAACCCUGCAUGCUUGACUGUUCUGUGCACUUUGUCAGAUCUUAAACAGGAUGAAAGUAUUCACUGUGCCACCACACUGACUAAUGUAACUUCUUACAAUUCUGUGAAAAUCAUCACUCACUUGUGAAAUAUUUGCAGUUUUUUUAUCACGAGUAGUUUUAUGAAGAACCAUCACUACUGCAAACAAUGUGGCUAUGUCCAAGCUGCUGUUGUGAAUAAACUGAACUAUGAGGUUGAAGUUUACUAAUACCUUGGCAUGGCAGAAUUUGCACAUUGAUAAUUUUUAAACUGUCUGGAAAAUUAAAAUUUUAUUCCAGAACCUUCAUGUUUUAAUGAGACUUUUAGUUAGAUUGUUUACACCUUGUUACCUCAUGCUUACAUCUUGAAUGUUUAAGUAGUUCAAAACUUUUAAUUAAAAAGUCUUGAUAUAGUGUACCAUGUUGGAAGCCAAGAAUUUUUAAAUGUUAUUUCUUAAAAAGAUGUACAUACUCUAGCAGCAAUAUAGAUAUCUGUUUCAAAAGCAGACGCUGUUGUGUUUUGGUCAACACCUUUAGCCCAGGAUAAGCUGUAGAAGAUCUUGAAAGCUUGAGUUUGUGGACUAACCUAUUUCAUAAUGAAAAUGGGAGAUAACUUUUUAAUACUGAUAGCAGAAGUUUCCUUUUCUGUUCUUCUCUUUCUGUAAGAGGAAUCCAGUGUAUAACAAACUACAGCUGUGGCUAUUCUUGAUUCUUUAAUCUCCAUACAAAUUGAGCUACAGACUUGUACUUAGAUCCUCCUCAGCUAUUACAGCAGCUACCUAAUAAGCCAGAGCUAGACCAGAACUGUAGGACAGAAGUUGGAUUGUUCAAAUCAUGGGAUAUUACCUAAAUGGGGGCCUAACUGUGAUAGUAGCAGCUAGGAACUAUGUAGAAUAUAAAGCAACAGUACUCUCUGCAGCAUGUUACUAUUCUCUUUUCUAGCAGGGAAGGAAUCAUUAAGUCUCAAGUCAUGAGUAAAUAAACUAUCUUAGUCUGGCAUGCCACAUGGCGUGAUCACUGUAUAACUUUUAAUCUGCAUCCCUGCCAUUGCUCAGAUUUACAUCUAUCUUCACAAUUGUAUAGAAUUGGAUGUGCAUAAAAUACCUUGUUGUACUCAAUAAUUAUCUGUUAAUGUUUAAUUUGUAAGUGCUUUAGGUAUGAAGUACUUAAAUCCUUAGUGAUUUUCAUGAGGCAGUCACCCAUAUACCUCUACACAUCUGACCCCUUAAUUCAUUUUUAACAUAGGUAAGAAGAACAAGCUUUAACUGUUUAAGAGUUUCUUUGUAAUUGCUUUGGAUGUCCUGUAUUAAAUACAUUCCUUAAACUUCGGCACAAAAACAUCAAUAGACAUGUAAAAGCAAACAUCUUUUGCUGUACCACAUGUAGUAUGAGGCAGUUUGGGUUAAGUGUGCUGUUUUGUAAACAUCAACUUUUUAGUUUAAGAAUUACUAUGUUAACUAUUAUCUCUAACUUGGUAAGUGUCCUCCAACUAGGAGCUAAUAAUUAUUUGUAACCAGCAAAGAACUCAAGUGGUAAUUUUCUUGGUGAAAAAUAUGAAUGUAAUACCUACUGGAUCUUGGGCAGAAAAAAAAAAUCAAAUCUAAAAUACUAUUGGGGAUUUUAAAUGGCUUCUUGGAAUAACUGGAAAACAUGUUUAAUAGUACAGUUUGUACAGAACCUUCAUUUUUAUUGCUGUUGAAUCAAGUUGAGGCUUUCACUGAAAAAUACUUUUGUUUACAAUAAAUCAAAGGCAUCCUUUCUCUUUCAGUUGUAGUACUUACCCUAUCUUAAAAGUAAAACUUCAUCCAUGUA